AUGUCGAAACAAACCACCCCCUCCACAACCUACAUCCCUCCCCCCUCCCACAUCCUCUCCACCACACACCUCUCGACUCAAAUCCGCCAAUUCCACGACACACGUACGCCCUUCCGCAUAAACCACAACAGCACAAACUCCACCCGAGCCCGAUCCGCCUCAACGCCCCAACUCCACAUCGGCCAUUUGAACGCCAUUCUGCACAUUGACGCCAAAGAAAAAUUCGCCUGGGUCGAACCGAAUGUGGCUUUGGAUGCUCUCGUGCAGGAAACGGUGCGGGAAUUCGGGUUGAUGCCGAAGGUUGUGAUGGAAUUUCCGGGGAUUACGGUUGGAGGAGGGUUUAGUGGGGCGAGUGGGGAGAGUACGUGUUGGAGGGAAGGGUUGUUUGAUUGUUGUGUGGAAGAGGUGGAGAUGAUUUUGGGGGAUGGGGAGGUGGUUUUUGCAAAGGCUGGUGGGGAUGGGGAUGAUGGGAGAAAUGCGGAAUUGUUUGAUGCUGCGAGGUGUAGUUUGGGGACUAUGGGGGUGGUGACGUUGCUCAAGGUGAAAUUGGUCGAGGCGCCUGGGGCGGUCAUGUUGCGGUAUCGCCAUGUGAGCAGUUUUGGGGAGAUGAAGGAAGGUUUGAAGACUGAUGAUGAUGAAGAAAAGUAUGACUUUGUCGAAGGCUUCAUGUAUAGUCGAGACUCUGGAGUCAUCGUCACCGGCCGCCAUGUCAAUCCCACUUCGGCCACGGUCGCCGAACUUCCUCGAGUACGCUUCGAUCGAGCCCAGGAUCCGUGGUUCUAUUUGCACGCCAAAGAAACCCCCAACUUGCAUGCUGAUCUUGCUCCCAUCCAAACCUACCUCUUCCGACAUGAUCGCGGCGCCUUCUGGAGUGGAGAAAGUGUCCUGAAUUACUGGCGUGUACCGCACAAUCGCUUCACGAGAUGGCUGUUCAAUCCCAUGAUGACCGCCCGGGCCAUUUACAAAGCCAUGUUAGCCGCAGAUUCGGGAGACAGCGCCAUUGUGCAAGACCUCCUGGUCCCCGUCGAUACGUGCGAAGACUUUUUCAACUAUGUGGCCGACGAGCUCGAAAUCUGGCCGCUGUGGCUCUGUCCCGUUCGGAAGCGUGCAGAGGACAAGGACAGGAACGUCGUCGCCCACCCCUUUUACAAGGAUACUGGAGAUAUGACUAUCAACUUCGGAGUCUGGGGUCCUUUGCCCGUAGAGGAAAUGAAUAACAAGUCGAUUCGAAGAAUCAAUCGCCGUAUGGAGGAGAAGUUGGUUGAGGUUCGUGGUCUCAAGGUGCCGUAUGCUGCGAAUCACUAUACGGAAAGUGAGUUUUGGAACUUGUGUUAUGAUCGGAACGAGUAUGAGAGAUUGAGGAAGAAAUGGCGUGCCGAGGCCCUGCCGUCGAUUUAUGACAAGGUUGCUAGGCAUCACAAUGAAUCGGAGGAUGACGAUGGAAUUGGACAUGAUUGGCCUUUGUGGUUGAAGAUCUUGUUUAACAUCUGGCCCUUUGCGAACUUGUGGCCGCUUGGAGGUCUGUUCCAGAUGUAUGUUGUCUUGUUCAAAUAG